AUGAACGGCGACGAAGAACUCCUCCCCCCGCUCCCCGCCAACCGAAAUCUGGUGGUGCUGCUGGAGACGGCGCUGCUCGCCAAACCCCCGACCCCGAGCGACGAUGAUUUGUUCCCGGUGGUGGUGGAAGAGCUGUUUGCCGAAUACCACUUGGACUCGCCUCUGUUGGUCGACCACCAAUAUUUCGUGCCUAAGGAGAUCGCCCAGCCGAUGCCUAAGCCGCUGCGGCUUAAGCUGUUGAAGCAGGGCAUCCGCAAGCUCAGCUUGACCCCCACCAAGCGCAAUGACCUGGGGCUGAAGCUGCCGAGCCACGAAUCUCUGCCUCCUCCUGGGGCUGCCGCUAGUGUUACGCUGGUGUGUCUGGAUGACCAGGCGGGUGCGGUGGCAACGGCGGCGACGCUGGUGGCGCCACUGACGCUGCUGGCGCGGGCACUGCGCCUGGCAUCGCUCUCAAGCAGUCGCCAUCUGAUUCCCCGGCUGCCGAAACACCUGCCCCACUCGCUGACACUGCUGUUGCUGAACGUGUUGCGCACGCGGGCGGCGCUGGUGGCGACGCCGUUGACGCCGCCGUUGACGCUGCCGGUGAUCACCUUGCUGGACAACUUGCUGUCGCUGAAGCUCAACGUGCUGCUGAUCGAGCAGCUGUACUUCACCCAGCGGCGGGCGCGCCUGGUCGCCGACUUGACCACCGUCGAGGAGCUCAUGGAGUACACGGCGUACUUGCUGGGCCAGCGCCGCCAGAUCACCGACGCCUACGACGCCACCCACCAGCGGCUCUCCCUGCUGGGGUGGUGCACCCUGAACGACUUGGACAACUUGCAAAUCCAACACGAGCUGAGCUUGUGCCAGAUCGACACCAAGCUCAUCCAGAUCGAGGAGCGCCUCAACCGCGAGUUCGGCGUGUCGUACAUCGACGCCCACUAA